AUUUCACCUCACCAGCAGCAUUUUCACAUGACUAGUGAAUUUCAAGAGGAAAGUUCUUCAGCUUGAGUGGGUAGUGUAGGAUCUAAUUUCCUAUUUGCACUCUAAGCCUCACAGCAGAAGAGUUCCACUCUCGGUGUAGCUGCCUCCAAGAACCUGGGGAACCACAUGUGCUGGUGUCAAUGUCACUAAGCACAGAAACAGCACAAAGUUUAAAAUUACAGCCAGACUGAAUGGACUUAGUCCUCUUCUUAAGGCGGGGGUCGGCAACCUGCGGCUCCCGAGCCAUUUGUGGCUCUUUCACCUCUGUGCUGCGGCUCCCUGUGGCUUUGGGAAAUAAUUGGUCAGUAUUUAAUUAAAAUGUAUUUUAUGUUAGUUUGUUAGCUUUUGAAAUGUAAUUCUAAAUUUGAAGAUUAUGGUGAUCUUGUACAAUCUAAGUGUGGCGACACAUUUCCUGGCACAUCCGAAACGGCUCACAAUUAGCCAGCAUUCCGGCUAAGGGAGAUAGCCUACGGGGGUUUGUGAGUACGCGUCUUUUGCAGCAUCUGCGUCCAUGGGGGCUGGGUUGAGGGAGGCUUAAAAGCAAGGCUGUUUAGUUCGAAUAAAGUUAUUCGACUGCAGUUUACUGACUGCGUGAGCACACCGCUACAACGUGUUUUUAUCGCUAUUAAUAUACGUCACCACUGCCAAUACCUGACACCCGCCAGUGCGCGAUUUCUUUAAUUUUUCGAUCCAAGGUAAGCCAACUAUGGAGAAUUCUAAAAAAAGAAAAGUGACUGAAGAAAACAGAACGUUUAAUGAUACGUGGACAGAUUCAUUUGCUUUCACUGUUGACGAGACUGGUUUACCGGUAUGCUUAAUAUGCAAUGAGAAACUAGCAAACAACAAAAAGUCAAAUGUCGCAAGGCAUUUCCAGAGUAAACACGCAGCCUUUGCUCAAAAAUAUCCGGAUGGAGAUGAGAGAAAAAAAGCCGUUUCGGAACUGAUGCAGAAGGUUGAUCUGAGCAAAAAUCAUUUCCAGAAAUGGAUGAAGUCUGGAAAAUCAACGACAUACGCCAGUUAUAUUGCCGCUCAGGAAAUAGUCAGGCACGGGAAACAGUUUACAGAUGGUGAAUAUAUAAAAGAAUCUUUCAUUAAGAUUUCAGAACAUCUAUUCACGGACUUUAAAAACAAGAGUGAAAUUGUGCAGAAAAUCAGGGAUAUGCCCCUCUCUGCAAAGACUGUCAAAGACAGAACCAUAAAAAUGGCAGAAGACAUCACAAGACAGCAAAUUAAAGACAUCAAUUCAGCUGUGGCCUACUCGAUUGCCUGUGACGAGUCUAAAGACAAAGGUGAUAUUGAACAAAUAGCGUUGUUCUGCCGGUAUGUAAACUCUGCCGGGCCACAGGAAGAACUGAUUGAGUUGAUACCUCUAAAAGACCAAACACGGGGGGAGGACAUCUGUGAGGCUGUCUUGAAUUGUUUAAGAGCCAAAGGAAUAAAGACCACCCAUCUGGUGUCAGUAGCUACUGAUGGGGCUCCGAAUAUGACGGGAACGCACAAGGGAUUUGUGGCUUUACUGCAGAAGUCGCUGGACAGAAAGCUGCUGACUUUUCACUGCAUCUUGCACCAAGAGGCACUGUGCGCUCAAACAUUUCCUCCGGAAUGCACAGAAGUAAUGGAUGUUGUCAUUCAGAUUGUCAAUAAAAUAAUGGCAAAAAGUUUAAAUCACCGUCAAUUCCGUUUGUUACUGGACGAGAUGGAAAGCGCAUAUUCUGAUCUCCUGCUGCACAACAAAGUCCGGUGGCUGUCCAAAGGGGAGGUGCUGAAACGCUUUGUCGCAUGUCUGGAAGAAGUGAAAACUUUCCUGGGCAGCAAAGGGCUCACCUUUCCUGAGCUGGAACAGCCAGAGUGGCUGGAAAAGCUACACUUCAUGGUAGACAUGACAGCGCACCUGAACACGCUGAACACAGCUCUUCAGGGGAAAGGACGCACAGCCCUGCACAUGUUGGAGGAUGUUUUGGCAUUCGAGCGCAAGUUGACAGUGCUUGCCAGAGAUUUACAGAAAGGCACUUUGUCUCACUUCCCCAAUUUGAGAGAGUUCAAACAAGGUCACGACAUGAUAAUUUCGGAGUAUUUACAUUCUGCAAUCAUCGCAAUGCAAACAUCGUUUGGGAAACGCUUCUGUGAGUUCAGAGAGGAAAAAAACACAUUAUCCUUCCCGGUCACUCCCUUAAGCAUCGAUCCUUCCCUACUGAAUACGACUGCAUUGGCAGGUGUGAGUCAACCUGAUCUUGAGAUGGAACUGGCCGACAUAGCCGACAAAGACAUAUGGGUGUCCAAGUUUAGACGCUUGACAGCAGACCUUGAAGAUGUUGCCCGUCAGAAGGCCGUUCUUGCUCAGAAUCACAAAUGGAGUGAUAUUGAAAACCUUCCAAAACCGGACAAACUUGUGUUCGAAACAUGGAAUGCUAUGCCCGACAUUUAUGUAAACAUGAAAAAGUAUGCGCUUGGAGUCCUGUCGAUCUUUGGAUCCACAUAUGUAUGUGAGCAGGUGUUCUCCAACAUGAACUUUAUUAAAAACAAACAUCGCGCACGCCUCACAGAUGACAGCUUGCGAUCCUAUGUAAAGAUGAAGGUGACGUCAUACAGCCCUGAUGUGCAGACGCUGUGCGCUGAGGUCCAGGAGCAGAAAUCCCAUUAACCAAGUAUGAUAAAUAUUUUAAUUGCCUAUUAUUUUAUGUAUAUUCAUAUUUUUUCAUUGUUCAGUGAA